AAUCCUCUAUAAAUACCUGUGUUUCUUGUUACAACCUCGAACAACUAACUCAUCCCUCGUUUGUCUUCUCUCUCUUUCAGUUGGCCCAAGAAAAAUGGAUAGGAAACUAACCUUCCUAUUGUUUCUACUACUCAUUGCAACACUUGUAACCCACAACCAGGCAUCCAGCUCCAAGACGCCAGCUUCUCAACACCAAUAUGGCAUAAGCGAAAGGAGCCUUCGACUUCAGGACUGUGCCCCAAGAUGCAGUAAUAGAUGCUCAAAGACAUCGUUCAAGAAGCCAUGCAUGUUCUUCUGCCAGAAAUGCUGUGCCAAGUGUUUAUGUGUGCCUCCUGGCACAUACGGCAACAAGCAAGUUUGCCCAUGCUACAACAACUGGAAGACCAAGAGGGGUGGCCCCAAAUGCCCGUAGAGGCUCCAAUGGAACCAAAACCUUAUUGCUCAACUGAUUAAGCAAUCAAGUUUUUAUGUUCUUGGACUUCCCAGCAGCUUCCUGCCAUUGGUUCUUCACUGGAAGUUCACUAUCUAUCUUUCAUUAUAUUGCCCUGUGCCUAAUGUUUUAUGGGAUUUCCAAUGCUAAAAGAAUGCAUUGUAAGAAUGUGGUGGGGAGACACUAAUUGUUUGACUGUGUAACUUAACUCUGGAGUUCUACCUAUGUAUUGGAAAUCCAAGUUUCGUGGAGCUGAGCAUUUUAUACUUC